GCCAAGUUCCACGAUUUGUGAAACUUAUUAUGCGUUGUUAGAUGAGAUACAGGCAACGUCUCAUUUCCCAAAUGCUGAUAGUAUGAUAUGAGACAUUGUCCCAAAUAUUUUGUUUUGAUGAUAUUUUGUAAUGCAGCAAUCGGCAAAUAAAUGAUGAUAUUUCCAGUUCAGUAGCAUACGCAUCAAACUCGAAACGCAGCUCAAAACUAAUGCACACAUAUGGGGAUGGAAAGGAACCAAAACUGCCAAACAAAACAGUUGCAUUCUGCAACUUCCUUCUUCCUUACUAUCACACUUAUCGUAUUUUUCCUGGGGCGGGAAUUCAGUUAUAAAAGAAGAAAAAUUCCAACUUGAAUAUAUACUGACAAAGAAACCAUUCAAGUUUUCCAGCAAUGGGAACCAAUAUCUUACUGUUAUUCGGCGAUUGGUCUCUAACCAAUUCUGCUAUCACCAUUACAGAAACAGUGGCAGCUUCUUCCAUCGUCUUCACGCACUUCAUUGCAGCUGGGGCAGCUUUUUUCAUGCUGGGAUUUCUUUAUCUUGCCUUCAGAAGCAACAACACCUCUGUCUACCUCAUAGACUACACAUGCUACCGCCCACCUGAUUACUUGCGGGCCUCUGUCCCUCACUUCACGGAGCAUAUAGAGAGAACAGAAGGUUUCAGUAGAGAGAACAGAGAUCUCCAGCAAAAGGUUCUUCAAAGGUCAGGGAUUGGGGAUGAAGCAUGCAUGCCAAUCGCGGUGCACGAGCUCCCUCCCAACACUUCUUUCAACCCAUCUCAACAAGAAGUGGAGCAAGUCGUCUUCCAAGUGGUGAAAGAUCUUCUCUCAAAGCACAGGAUAAACCCGAAAGAAAUCGAUAUCCUGAUAUCAAACUGCAGCAUCUUCUGUCCCACUCCAUCCAUCACAUCAAUGAUCAUCAACAGGUUUGGACUCAGAAGCAAUGUAAAAAGCAUCAGCCUGAGCGGAAUGGGCUGCAGUGCUGGGCUUAUCUCGAUAAGCAUGAUUAAAGAACUGUUCAAAGUUCAUAAAAAUUCAAUGGCUCUAGUUCUCACCAUGGAAGCUGUAACCCCAAACGGGUACGUAGGCAGAGCAAAGUCCAUGCUGGUAGCCAAUACGAUAUUCCGAAUGGGUGGAGCUGCUAUUCUGCUGUCGAACAAGAAACAGGACAAGUGGAGAGCCAAUUAUGAGCUUCAGCAUCUCGUACGAACUCACAUGGGAGCAGAUGAACAGUCCUACUGCUCCGUCGUUCAGAAACCAGAUGAGGGCGAUGUUGUUGGGGUUUCACUAUCCAAGUCACUGUUACAUGUGGCAGCUCGUGCUCUGAAGAUUAAUGUAUCAGAGUUGGGACCCCUUGUGCUGCCGUACUCUGAACAGCUCAGAUACAUUUGGUUAGUGACUUGUCAGAAACUCUGUGAAAAAGGAAGAGCAAAGGGGGAAGCAACUGUGGUGGUGCCAAGAUUCAAAAGUGCUUUCGAACAUUUCUGUAUCCAUGCUGGAGGAAGGGCCAUAAUCGAUGGGGUGGAAAAGAAUCUGAAGCUGGAGAAGGAAGAUGGAGAAGCUUCAAGGAUGACACUUUAUAGAUUUGGGAAUACUUCAUCUUCUUCGGUCUGGUAUGAGCUUUCUUAUCUGGAAGCAAAGGGCAGGGUGAAGAAGGGAGACAGAAUUUGGCAGAUUUCUUUCGGGAGUGGAUUCAAGUGUAACAGUGCAGUUUGGAAAUCCCUCGCAAAAGUUGAUCCUGAAAGGAAAAAUGCAUGGUCAGACAGAAUUCAUAUGUAUCCUGUCCAGAUGCCAGAUUUUUCAUAGAUCAUAAUAGUAAAUGUAUUACAGAUAAAUAUUCAGCUAAUAAGGUGCCACCAAAAAUACAGACUAUAUGAUAAGUACUAAACCUGUAUCACAGUC